UGGCCGCGCUGUGGCUCUACUGUAUCGGCCUCGGCGUCGCCCUGCGCCAGCUGCUCCGCCCGCGCCGCGCCGCCGCGCCAGGAGGGAAGUUUGAGGUUUCCAGGAAACAAAAAUCUGGGAAUCUUCUCAUUCCUGAUAUCAACACGCUAGAUACCUUAGCGAACUCGCAGAAGCAGUUUCCAUUGUGUUACCUUUUCUUGUCAAGCGCUCUUUGCCACUUUGGAAAGUCCGAGACCAAAAUGUACUCAUUAAUGAGUGAAGGAUCAAAAAGUGGGACGGUGGCCAAGAAGCAAUGGAGAAUAAAAGCUUAGAAGGUUCCCCAUCAGACCUAAAGUUAGUGGCUCACCCACGUGCAAAGAGUAAAGUAUGGAAGUACUUUGGGUUUGAUACCAAUGCAGAAGGAUGCAUAUUACAGUGGAAGAAGAUCUACUGCCGCAUUUGCAUGGCACAGAUUGCCUAUUCAGGAAACACAUCCAACCUUUCAUACCACCUUGAGAAAAAUCACCCAGAUGAGUUCUGCGAAUUUGUGAAAAGUAACACUGAACAAAUGAGGGAAGCCUUUGCUACUGCAUUUUCAAAACUGAAGCCAGAAUCAUCACAGCAGGUUGUUCAAGAUACUUUAAUUAUGAAGACCAACCACAACUAUGAAAACAAAAAGCAUCAAGAGCUGACUUCUGCUGUGAUUAGCUUAAUUUGUGAGGGCAUGUAUCCUGCCUCUAUUGUUGAUGAACCCACAUUCAAAGCCCUCUUGAGAACAGCUGAUCCCAGAUACGAACUUCCUAGCAGGAAAUAUUUCUGUACAAAAGCAAUUCCUGAAAAAUAUAAUGCUAUUAGAGAAAUUGUGUUAAAAGAACUCACUGAAGUUUUGUGGUGUGGCAUAUCCACUGACAUGUGGAGGAGUGAAAACCAGAAUAGAUCUUACGUAACUGUUGCAGUUCAUUUUCUCAGCAGUAGCCCUUCUAACAGCCUGGCUGUUAACUCGCGGUGUUUAAAAACAUUUGAAGUGCCAGAAGAAAAUACUGCAGAGACUAUUACCCGUGUCCUUUAUGAAACCUUCAUUGAAUGGGGGAUCAAUACAAAAGUUUUUGGUGCUACAACAGAUUAUGGUAAAGACAUUGUAAAAGCCUGCUCCCUCCUAGAUAUUCCAGUACAAAUGCCUUGUUUGGGGUACACUUUUAAUGCAGGAAUACAACAAGCUUUUCAGCUUCCAAAACUCUGUGGCCUUCUUGCCAGGUGUCGUAAACUGGUGGAAUAUUUCCAGCAGUCCACUGUAGCAAUGUAUAUGUUAAGUGAGAAGCAAAAGCAGCAAAAUGCUCUUCACUGCAUGCUUGUAAGUGAUCGUGUUUCGUGGUGGGGAAGCACCCUUGCCAUGCUGCAACGUCUUAAGGAACAACAGUUUGUAAUUGCAGCUGUUCUUGUGGAGGACAGCAAUAACCACCAUCUGAUGUUGGAAGCAAGUGAGUGGAAUACAAUUGAAGGCCUGGUGGAACUAUUACAGCCAUUCAAGCAGGUUGCUGAGAUGAUGUCUGCAUCAAAAUAUCCAACAAUAAGUAUGGUGAAACCCCUCCUCCACAUGCUUCUGAAUACCACAUUGAACAUCAAAGAAACUGAUCUGAAAGAAAUCAGUAUGGCCAAGGAAGUCAUAGCCAAAGAAUUAUCAACAACUUAUCAGCACACACCUGAAAUAGACAUGUUUCUCAAUGUUGCAACUUUCCUGGAUCCUCGUUACAAAAAACUACCUUUCCUUUCAGCAUUUGAGCGGCAGCAAGUUGAAAAUAGAGUGGUAGAGGAAGCAAAAAGUCUUCUGGAAAAAGUAAAAGAAAACACAUUUAGACCUGAAGAGAAGUUCUUCACUGUGUCAGAAGAGCCACCAGUGAAGAAAGUAAUCAUCUCUUCUACCCCACCCCCCACCAGUGCAAUCAAUAACAUGCUUGCUGAAAUCUUUUGCCAGACAGGAGGUGUGGAAGACCAAGAGGAAUGGCACGCUCAGAUUGUUGAGGAAUUGAGCAACUUUAAGUCACAAAAGGUCCUUGGUUUAAAUGAAGACCCACUUAAGUGGUGGUCUGACAGACUAGCAUUAUUUCCUGUUUUACCAAAGGUACUUCAGAAAUAUUGGUGUAUUUUGGCCACAAGGGUCUUCCCCGAACGCCUCUUUGGUUCCUCUGCUAAUGUUGUAAGUGCUAAGAGGAACCGUUUAGCCCCAGCUCAUGUUGAUGAACAGAUCUUUUUGUAUGAGAACACUCGUAAUGGGUCUGAAGCAGAACCUGAAGAUGAAGAUGAAGGGGAGUGGGGCUUGGAACAGGAACAAAUUUUUAAUUUAAAUGACUCAGUAAAUGUAAACAGCAAUUUCUUUAAUAUCCGAGACAGUGGGUUCGUUUAGCAGGAGUAUUGUGGUACGUUUAAUAACAAAGAAAAGGUUUUUUUCUUAAGUUACCAAAAAAAUCUGUUUGAUGGUAUGGAUACUGUAAAUACUCAACAUUAGAUUUUGUUUAAGCCUCCAUAUUUGUGUUGCUCACUAUAUUAAAACAUGAAUGACUUGGGAUUAUACAGCACUGAAACAAGUAAGUGAGUAUGACAGAGAUUCCUGAUUCCUGAUUAUGGCCCCAACUUCAGGAAAGUGCUUAUGCGAGUGUUUAAUUUCCAUUAAUUUCAAUGAGACAUUAACACAUGUUUUGUGCUUUCCAUAAUGGGAAUGCUUUGCUGAACUGUUGAAGUUUUAAAUAUAUACAAGUCCAUUUGUAAGUCGUACAUGGGUUAGGAGUCCAAAGUUUUAAAUUGUGCUAAAUUUAAGGCUGUUUUAAAAUCCCAUAAAUUAGAUCAGCAGAAACCUAGAUAAUUAUUAAGAGACAACAAAAUAAGUUUUAAAAAAUUGAGCCUGAUCUUUUUUUUUCACUACCUCAUACCUUAGGCCUGGUCUAUGCUAGAAGAGGUAUACUGAUAAAACUGUCACUUAGGAGAGUUUGUGAUGUGUGUGUGUGUGUGUUUGUGUGUUUGUUUUUUUUUUUGUUUUUUAACUGAUAUUGUGAAGCUGGUACAGGUUUUAGUGUGGAUGCACUAUUGGUAUAUCUUGCAUCACUUUCCAGGCUAGAAUAAGUGGCAUAAACAUAAUGAUACAAUAUAGUCAAAGUGGCAAAGCUUUCUAGUGUAGACAAGCCCUGUUGUAGUUCCCUUUAGCUGUAUGAAGCGAUCACAAAUCACAAUCUAAUCAAAUUGGUGGUAUUUUAUAAUCACUUUGCACAGGUGCAAGGUGGCUAUGCAAGGUGAAAAGGAGCAAAGGAGUCGGGCCAACUGCUAAUGGAGAAAGAGAUUGUAAAACUGCAAGGGCCAUCUGUAUAGUAGGAGUUUUGUUUUAUGAAAUGUUUACCUUUUAAUUUAAUUUGCAACUUUGCCCAGGGAAGGAAGAAAGAGCCUUUCAAAAAAGUAAGCUUUAAUUUUGUGUAGUCAAACAGGAAAAAGACCCCUACGCAAGUUGUUUGAUUUAAAAUGUUUCCUAUCAUGUCAGCACUUACAAACUUUUUCCUCUUGCUUUGUCUCUAGCUUCAGUUAGGAGAGAGGGCAUUAGUCUGGCCCACUCAAGUAUUUUGAGUACUAUUUCCAGAUAAUCACUGUAUACUGCACUAGCUCCCCCCGUGUGUGUAUGCCUAAAUAUUACAUCUUCUAAAGUACUUAGCAAACAAAUCUUUUAAUAAAGUUUUACAGGCUGAAAUUAGUCUAUGGUCCACUCUUUGGCUGAGAGUGGAGAGUUAGCCAGCAUUCUUCGGUUAUGCAUAGGGUGGACUCUUGGAACUGAUAUAGGCAAGAUUUUUUUUCCUUCUUUUUCAUUCUGCAACUUGAUUUAUUCAAUGUAUUCUCAUUGGAUAAAAUGUAAAUUCUCAUUAGUUUACAGUGCAACAUGAGGGUAAAACUGGGAUGCCCUUUGAAAUUCCUCUGCAUCAUAUGAUCUUGGGAAUCAUUGACUUUUUUCCGAGAAGAGAAAUAUUCACUCUGUUAUAGUAGUCUCAGUGACUGUCUGGCAACAUACACGUAUGUGACUUCUGGAUACCAGAGUGAUGGGCAGCAGUAUAAAACCCGAAGAUAAAAUGUGCACAUGUGUAUGUAUCUGAUUUAUCUUAUGCAGCACUGAUUUAGAGAGAUGUCCACCAAAAACUGCUCAGUGUAUUUUCUGGGACAGUUGUAUGGAAUUUAUCAUCCUGAUUAUGCUUAUAGAUGCAUGGUUUUAUAAUAGGGAUGGCCAUAAACAAAAUUUUAAAAGUGAAAAUUUCAAUGGUAUUUAAUAGGUCAUCUAUUUGUAUUACCAAGCUGUAUAUAUUUAAAUUUUAUUCUUACAGCGCUCAUCAAUUGAGACUGUGUGUGUUCAUUUGGGAGUAGUGGGGGGAGAGAAUUUAGAAACAGGAAGGAAAGUGAACAGUAAAGUGAUGUAAAAUACCCGGCAGGUUUCAGCUCAGGAAAAACAGGUGCAUCUAGUAGUAUAACUAGUAAUAGACCUUGGAUGGAUGGGCCUCAUCAAUCUCCACUACUCUGCACCUUGCAUAGUUAUUUAUGUUUGCACAGCAGGUGUAAAAUACAUCAUUAAUACAUGGCAUUGCUUUACAUCCACUUUGCAUAGGGGUCCAUGAUUACAGAAAGUGCAAAGUAGCGGGAGACUGGGUCUGAAGCAUAUGUGAAAACAAGUGUAGUUUGCCCAUGAAGGGAACAGAAGAAUCAUAAAUUAAGUGGGGGGAGGAAGAUGAAAGAGGCCCCUCUUCUUUUAACUUGAGUCUUCUAUAUACCCUGUUGGUAUAUAAGAUAAACUUAGUAUGUACAUCCAGUUAACAUCAGCUGAUUUAACUUGCAUUCAUGUUCAAAGUAAAUUAUACCACUUUGUUACCACUGGAUUUGGCCCCAAAGUCUCUGCAGCUAUUGACGCUAAAGGCUGAAGUCUGUUCCCUCACUAGAGUGCUUUAUAAGUAGCUACAUUUUUAAAUCAGUGGAGUUAUGUUGGUAUAAAGAUGAUGAUCAGGCUCUAGAUCCAAAUACUUCUCCCCAGUGCUGCCCGGUCUCCAACUUCUGCUGCCUUCUUCACCUUCUCAUAGCUAAAAUUAUUAUGCAAUACAACGUGUUUGCCCCUGAAUCAGUUUUACUAAUACCAGUGCAGUGCACUGUUCUCUUCCUUUUAGCCUUUUAAUUUUUGGUAUCCAAAAUAAAACUGUAAUUUUUCAUUUGAUGUGUCUCAGUGUUCUAAAGAAGCCAUUGUUAGUCCUAUCCAUUAUCUGUGAGUUUUUAUUUAAUGUUAUAAGCUUGGAAUAUUGUCAAAUAACCCAGAGAAAUAAAUUAGCUACUAUUUUA